UUAGUGCGAGAUGCCGAGAGUGAGUGAGUGACAGAGAGAGAGAGAGAGAAAGCCUUGUUUUGUAAUGCAGGGGUUGCCUGUUGUCUUUGUGCGUGAAGCGGGUUGGUGAGCACUUGAAACGGUGGAUGUGGUUGGACCUUCUGAUCACAACGCAUUAUCUUUUCCAUAAAUGGGGCUGCUGGCGAAAGUUGCUGGAAACCCGGAGGCAUUUUAGCAGGGCUUACAAUCGGGUUUAUUUGCUGUAAAAAUCGUCUCACCCAUAAAAGGGGAGCAAGCCGAGAGGGAGAGGCAGCGAGGGAGGCGGUGCAAGCACAUCUGCAACUGAAUCACCCUGAAGGAACAGCCGCGAAAAAGGGCGAGAGUGAGAAAGAUCAACCACCCUCUACAAUCAGAGGUUCCUUGAAAACAAGGCAGGAAGUUUAAUUUGCAGCACGUCCCGGAGCAGAAGAUCAGUAUGGAGAUGCUUCGACGUUCCUCUGUCUUUGCUGCUGAAGUGAUGGAUGUUUUUGACCGCUUUCCACCUGAGAAAGAGCUCAUUUCUCAAGCUAAAGCACUGUGCCGAGAUUACAUCCAUUCCCGCCUGAUCCGAGCUGGAAUUGUUUGGAGUAAACCAGAACCUGCUGUUUCUAGUCCAGCGAGCAAACUUACUGAGGUUUCAGCCGCACUUCUUCACUUGGGUGAUGAAUUGGAGUACAUCAGACCAAAUGUCUACAGGAACAUUGCUAAACAGUUGAAUAUCUCAGUCAGUUCUGAAAGCAUCGUAUCUGAUGCAUUCCUGGCUGUCGCCACUGAGCUUUUCUCUGCAGGUAUAACCUGGGGGAAGGUUGUAGCCCUCUAUGCUGUAGCUGGAGGUUUGGCCAUUGACUGUGUGAAACAGGGACAGCCUGCCAUGGUACACACGAUAGUCGAUUGCUUGGGGGAGUUUGUCCGGAAAACACUGGUGACGUGGCUCAGGAGACGUGGUGGAUGGGCUGACAUAACAAAGUCCGUGGUUAACAAUGAUCCCAGCAUUCGGGAUCAUUGGCUUGUCUCCUUCCUCUGCACCUGUGGACAUUUCCUCAAAGCAAUCUUCUUUUUCUUUCUGCGAGAGCGAUGAUCCGAACUGGGACAAUGUGGCCACCGUUUGCUGCCCUUUUCAAACAUAACACCUACUUAACAAUACGCCUGAAUUAACAGAAGCAAUUGGAAGCAAAUUCAACACUUGGCAGAUUGGAAUAUGAAUCCUUUCAGAGUCAUUGGCUGAACAAGGAACAUGUAAAUGGAACAGGCAGUGGAAACUAUGACAUCAGAAUUCUACUGACUCUUUACAAAAGGCUUUGAUUUCUAAAUGUGUAAAAGGUUGAUCUUUCACAUGGUAAUCGUUGAAAGCAGCAGUCCCAGCUGGUCUGCAAGUGAAACAUUUCUUUCGACAGGGCAGCUACUUUGAAGAAUCAAGAAUGAACAGCUGUGAACGUAUACUAUUAUAUCUUUUUAAGCUGUCAUUCUAAUAGCUCCAUCUUUGAUUCUGCAAACUAGCCACACCAGUUGAAUUUCUCUAAGAUGAAAACCAAAAUAAAAUCUAUUAAAUUCUAAGAAUGGAAGAAUAAUCCAAGCAUUUACAAACAGUUUUUUUUAAGAAGAUGGUAAUAUCUAGUCAUACAAAUCCCAGAUUCUGCUGCUCUGUUUUGGAUUUAGUUUAAGGUUUUGCAUAGCUUUGCAAAAUUAGGAAUUACUUUAGGUUUGUUACAAUGACUGUUUAUUCCAUUUAUAUAAAAUCCUGUCCAGGCUAAUCACUAUGGUGGGAGUCAUUUUUCCAGCAUCAACCUUCAGUAUAUUGUCUGUCUCCAUGAUUUAAUUGAAUGGGAUCUUAAUGCAAUUCAAAAAUGAUGUUUUUAUUACCUUGGCAUCUCUUCAAGGUCAAAUACAAAUGUGACUUGGCCCAAUGACCUCAUCAUUCCAUGUAAACCAUAGCCCAACUAUGUAGUCAUAAUUUGGAGAUUGGGUGUACAAAGUUAAAAAUCAUGUAACACCAAGUUAUAGUCCAACAGGCUUAAUUCGAAGCACUAGCUCCAAAAGCUAGUGAUUCCAAUUAAACCUGUAGGACUAUAACCUGGUGUUGCCUGAUUUUUGACCCAAAAAUCUAAGAUCACUGUGCCCAUUUUCAGGCAUGAACCAGGUUUCUACACCUCCAAAAUGGUAACAGGAAGUUUGCAUUCAUUUAGACUAUGUGCCAUGUCGAUGUAGAAUGGAAAAAGGCAUGUAGAACAGUUUCUCAGAUGGGUAUUAGGCUUUUUUUAAUGUAAAUAGCAGGCCUAAUGCCUGAUGGAGGUGAACACUGCAAGAUAGAUUGCUCUUAAACAGUUAGUGCAACCAGAAAAACAGAUCAACAUAUAACUUAACCAUAGAUCCUUUAAAAGGAAUCUCUGCAGUCCCGCCACAAAACAAUUAGGUUCUUAAAAAUACUUUCUAUGUAAAAGGUGGGUGGGGCCAGAGUACUCCUCCUAUCUCUACCACAGAUCUAUAGCCAGGACCCAGUCUCUGCAGCCCCCUUUCUCUUCCUAAAUAAGGCCUCCAUAGGGUCACUGCCAGCAACACAGACAUCUGCAAAUCUAUUCUGCACUGACCACACUGCCUGAGGUUACCUGCCUGGUGCCUGCUGCUCACCAGUCUCCUUUAUCUGAAGCCACAGUGUUAGGUACAGUUAAAUAACUAUAACUUUCUCAAACUUUAACUCCUGUCAUUCUGAAUUAGCAGGGAGCUCCUUGUCCUCAGGAGUCCAUGGCUGACUCUAUUAGUUGUGAGAGAAGUCAUCAGGUGAAUAAGUUUGACCUAUACAAAACAAAAUGAUUAUAACUGAUAUGGGGACAAAUAAUAAUGUUGAAUAACAGUAUAACUGUUUAUGGUUUGGGAUGUAUUCCAGCUCUUUCAACUUUGUAUUCACAGUGCCUGUUCAAAGUCAGGAUUUUCCUCAGGAUCAUGGAAAGAUGUCUACUGUGUGGGAUCACUUUGCAUUUUUACGAUGUUGUUAUUUUCUAUCAGAAGUGAAGCUAGAAGCCUGAAUUGGGUGCCCUGGUAUUCACCAAAAACGGAUACCCGCGCAAUUUCAUCAACAGAUGCCUAAGGGAAAGACAACGGAAUGAGGACAUGCCGCAACCCAAAGGACUAGCCACACUACCAUACAUCAGGAGCAUUUCCGAACUGACAGCCAGACUACUGCGACCACUAGGACUCAUAACAGCACACAAACCAACAACCACUCUCAGACAACUCACCAGAACGAAGGACCCAAUACCCAGCAUGAGCAAAACCAAUGUAGUGUACAAAAUCCCAAGGACUGCACAAAACACUACAUAGGACAAACAGGAAGACAGCUAAUGAUCCGCAUCCAUGAACACCAACUAGCCAUGAAAUGACAUGACUAGCUAUCCUUAGUAGCCACACACGCAGAUGACAAGCAACAUGAAUUCGACUGGGACAACGCUACUAUUAUAGGACAAGCCAAUCAGAAAACAGCCAGGGAAUUCCGAGAGGCAUGGCACUCAUCCACAGAUUCAAUCAAUAAGCACACGGACCUGGACCCAAUAUACCGACCACUGCAGCGGACAGCUGGAACUGACAACCGGAAGCGGCAGAUUCAAACCACUACAAAUGCCGGAGGAAAGAUCACAGAAGCGCUUCACAGGAGGCUCUCAAGCACUGAGGAUGUCACCUAGACAGGGGACGAGACGUCUGCAACACAAAUUCCCAGCUCGGCGAACAGAACCACAACUACGAGUACCCGAGCUUCAAAUCUUCUCACAAACUUUGAAUAGUAAUUAGUAAACAUACUGGAACCUGACCUACAACCCGCUCUCACUUUGAGAGCCACCUAGUGAAUAUCUUUGCCACUCUGAUUUUAUGUACUAGUGUGUCGCAUUAAUUAGGCCUUAAAGUGGUCGUUACCCUUGAAGGACAAGAUGUAUAUUCUGUUACGACAACAACAGAAACAAAUUGCUGGAAAAACUCAGCAGAUCUGGCAUUAUCUGUGGAGAAAAAGUAGAAUUAACAUUUUAGGUCCAGUGAUCCUUCUGCAGAUCAUGUAUUUUGUUCUUUUGUUAAUUCUAGAAGUCAGUAUUGUGUUCACCUUUAAAAUAAUAGUCAAGUUUAUUUAUAAGUAGGAAUUUUACAUCUAAAUAAUCAUAUCAAGCUGAUGGUACAAAUAGACAAUAAAUGUUGACCUUGCCAGCAAUAUCAAUAUCCCA